CCGUCUCGUACAUGUUGAGGAAAGCGGUGUACGAGCGAAUAAAAAAUGUAUGGAAGCCUGUAUAUGAAAAUCUUCAGACAGUUAUAAAAUUGCGUACACAAUUUGCAUUUUUUUCAAAUGGUUUAUUUAAGUCUUUUCUUUUGUUAAAUUUUGUUUUUCGUUUUUCGGAUUUUCAUUUCUGCUCUGUGUUUUUGUAUUUCGUUUCGGAUUUGGAUAUCUGGAUACUGCAUAUUGCAACCAUGGUUGUAAUUGAAACCUGUGUGUUUUGCCUGAAAUCAUUUGAUGAUGAUGAGCCAACAUCACAACUUCGAGAAAAAGGAAGUGAAAGUAUCAACCUUGUAAGUCGACAGACAGGCGACACUAUCAUAGCUUCGCCAGGCCAAAGGGUCCAUCAAGGUUGCUGUCGUGAUUUUAUACAUCCCAGGAGUUUGAAGCCAACAACGGGAAAUGUGAGCAUUACUCCGAAAAGGUCUUUAAGAUCCACAACACCCGAUUUCGACUUAAGGGAACAUUGCCUUUUUUGCGGGAAACCUGCAAAGGUAAACGAGAGGAAAAGGGGUCACGAUGUGUUUCCAGUUAGAACAACGGAAUUCAAGAACAAUUUGGAAGCUAAGUGUAUGACAAGAAAUGAUGAAUGGGCGGAAGAGGUUCUUGGUAGACUCCAAAUAGCCCCUGCAGACCUCCAUGCAGCUGAUGCUGUGUACCAUCAGUCUUGCAGUGUCAAUUUCAGAACGGGGAAGAUGAUGCCAUUGUCUAAAAGCUCAUACAAUGACAUAAAAAGAGUACCCCUGGAUGACCUGAAAAGGCAUCUUCUGAGGAUGCUUUUCUUAAAGUUGUUAGACUGAUAGAAGCGGGAGAGGAGGAUCAAAUUACUAUAAGCGACUUAGUGGCAGAAAUGGAAAGGACUUGCGGCAACGAGGCAUAUAGCUCUGUACACAUGAAAAAGAGGAUCCUCGAUCAUUUCGGAAAAUCCGUUGUAAUAACUGAUCUGGAUGGAAAACCAAAUGUUGUUACCUUGACGCAAAAUGUAUCAACGAUUCUCCAAGAAUUCUAUGAA